AUGUCUCAUUGGACGGCACUAUACGUGGAGCAACGAGAGGAAUCGCCCUACCCUGGAAAAAUCGACCGCUGGUUCUCCACGGCAGAUUGGGACACCGGGCACCCAGGGCACCUGCUGCAAGCCUUGUCCUCCUCCAUCUCCGACCACUGCCCGCUACUCAUGUCAACCAACGUCUCGUUCCAUCGCAAAUCACGGUUCCACUUCCAGAGCUACUGGCCUUCUCUUCCCGGGUUCCAUGAUGUCGUGGCAGGGAGUUGGAACUCGCUGCCUCCGAAGGCCAACCCCUUCGUGGAUCUAUUUUUGCGUCUAAAGGCCACUGCAAAGGCGCUGACCAGGUGGAACCAGGCCAAGGUUGGCAACAUCAAGGAGCAGAUGCUGCUGGCAAACGAGCUCAUCCUGUGCUUCGAUCAGGCGAUGGACUCAAGGCCUCUGUCGAGCGGAGAAACAUGGCUCCGCAAGCAGCUCAAGAAGAAAGUGCUCGGGCUGGCGUCUCUGCAGCGGACUAUUGCUCGACAGAAAUUGCGCAUUUCAUGGCCGAAGGCUGGUGAGGCAAGCGAGGCGUUCUUCAAGAUCUUUGCGAGCCAGCGACGCAGGAAAAAUCACAUCUUCAGGCUGAAGAGCGGAGCGGCGGAGGCGACAUCCAGGGCGGGCAUGUGUGAGAUGGCUGGGGACUACUACGCGGGCUUACUGGGCAGGCCGGUGUUGCGGCAGCACACGCUCCGCCUGGCUGCUCUAGAGCUGCCGGCGGUUGACACUGCGACGCUCGAGACCCCCCUGUCCGAAACCCUUAUCUGGAACACAGUAAAGGACAUGUAG